AUGAAAUCUCCUUCACCGCGGAGAAAACAUUAUCGCGAGACCGAAGCACUUCCUUUUCCCUUUUCACUCUGAGUCCAAGAUGGGAGUCGACAUCAGACACAACAAGGACCGCAAGGUGCACAGGAAGGAGCCGAAGAGUGAGGACAUCUACCUGAGGCUCCUGGUUAAGCUGUACAGGUUCCUGGCCCGUCGCUGCAAUGCUCCCUUCAACAAGGUGAUCCUCAGAAGGCUCUUCAUGAGCAGGACCCACAGGCCUCCCAUCUCCGUGUCUCGCCUGAUCCGCAAGAUGAGGAUGCCUGGUCGUGAGAACAGAACCGCCGUUGUCGUGGGAACGAUCACUGAUGAUGUCAGGAUUCAGGACAUCCCCAAGCUUAAGGUGUGCGCUCUGAAGGUGACUGACGGUGCUCGUCGCAGGAUCCUGAAGGCCGGAGGUCAGGUCAUGACCUUUGACCAGCUGGCUCUGGCAGCACCCAAAGGCCAGGGCACCGUCCUGCUGUCAGGACCUCGUAAGGGAAGAGAGGUCUACAGACACUUCGGAAAAGCCCCCGGAACUCCCCACAGCCACACCAAGCCGUACAUCCGCUCCAAGGGCAGGAAGUUUGAGCGUGCCCGUGGGCGCAGAGCCAGCCGUGGAUACAAGAACUAAAGUGUCCGUCUUUUUUGUUUUCCUUGCAAUCUGAUGCAAAUAAAGAUUGACGAUACAAAAUGAA